AUGCUCUCCUCCUACAACUCUCCCGUGGCCGUUGGCCCGACCUCUCCCAAGCUGGCGGCCUCUAGCGCAGCAGCCACCGUUGCCACGACCUCCGUCAUGGCCAACGGCGUCAACGACGUCGCGGCCUCCCAUGGCACCAACGGGUCCUCGGCGCAUAGCCGCGGCAGCAGAGUCCACCACAUCUGGCUGGUUACUGGCCCUGCUGGAUGUGGCAAGAGCACCGUCGCCGAGCACCUUGCCAACAGCCUCAACCUGCACUACGUCGAGGGCGACGAGUUCCACCCAAAGGCCAACAUUGACAAAAUGAGCAACGGCAUCCCGCUGACCGAUGCCGACCGCUGGGACUGGCUGACGGCCCUGCGCGAGGAGUCCAUGCGCCGGAUCUCCGACGGCGACGGCCGCAACGAAGUCGUCCUGACCUGCUCCGCCCUCAAGCGCAAGUACCGCGACGUCAUCCGCGUCGCGCCGUACUUCAACACGGGCGUCAGCCUGCACUUUAUCUACCUGUCUGCCGACCCGCAGGUUUUGCUCUCGCGCGUGGCCGGUCGCAAGGGCCAUUAUAUGGGUGCCAACAUGGUGCAGAGCCAGCUGGAUAUUCUGGAGCCGCCGCAAGCCGACGAGACAGAUGUCAUUUGCUUCGACGUUGACCGGCCGCUAGAUGAGGUCAAGGCCGACGUGUUGCAGAGGGUCCAGAGCAUCAUCAACGAGGACAAGGCUUGA